CCCGAUACCCCUUCCUCCGUCCGCCAGUGCCUCCCGUCGCGGGGCUCUGACCUUCUCCUCGUCCUCCUCUCGCCGUCGCCGCCGUCAUGCCCCCGUCCGCCGUCGCCCCGCCCGCCCUCCAGGAAGCCACGCGCCAUGCGACCGUCACCUGGCAGGACGACCUCAAGGCUCUCUUCGACCGUGCCAAGGACCGCUUCCCCGAUGUCGUCUGGGAGCUCUUGAACGAGCAUGACAGCAGUGCCCUCAACGGCGCAGAGGAGGUCUGGGGCCACAAAGCCGUUGUCUACGCACGCGCUCCUCCGAGCUUUCAAGCACGCUAUUUCUCCUUCAAGCCCGCCCCGCUCCCUUCCUCGCCGCUUCCCUAUUCCUCGUCGCCCACAGGCACCCUGCCCGCCCAGUCUGCUCUUUCCCUCACUCUCGGUGUCGACUUCACCUCAGUCUCUCGCUCUCCGUCUCCCUUCCGCGCACCCUCGCCCUCUCCGUCCACCGGCACUGGUGCUGUUCUCCGGAUCCCGAUCGCUAUCAACCCCAUCCUUUUCUCCAAUGAACUCGAGUAUCUCUACACGGGCAAGGGCUUUGGCGAAGCCUUUGAAUUCCUCUUCGACUCCACCGCAUCUCGGGAGGAGGGCGACGAGGAGGAGGCACGCAUAGACAAGCUCCGCAAAGACCUUGUCUUCAUGUGGCGUUCCCGUCUCUACUCGGACAUUCGCAUCUCGCUGACCGGAAUCUUCUCGUCGACGAACCACGAACCAACCACGGCCAUCUUUUCGUCUCAUCGCUUCAUGCUUGUCUCGCGCUCUGAUUACUUCCGCACGCAACUGCAGGACUGGGCUGACUCGCUGAAACCUUCCAGCGAGCCGCUUACCGUUACUCUGCCCUCUCCUCCCUUCACGCCUGCCUCUCUGCAUUUCACCUUAGGCUUCAUCUAUACCGGGACUCUCGCUUUCUCGAACCGCACGUUUGACCUUGACACGGCGUUUCAUAUCAUGCGCUCCGCCUCCUACCUCUCUAUUGACACGCUAUAUGACGAGAUACAGGCACGCAUCGUCCAGGAGAUGAUGCAUGGACUCUUCCACGCCUUCCUCGAGUUCUCCGAAUACGAGGCCGCAACGGGAGGGAAGUGGGGUACGGGCGGCUGUCGCUGCCGACAAUGCGCACGGCGGGCCCCGCGGGUCCUCGAGUUUGCAAUCUCCGAAGACGUGAAGAACCCACACUUGGAGCGGGGUGCUCGACGUGCGCUUGUAGGGUUAUUCGGUGAAGGCUGGUGCAUCACGGAGUUCGCGCACUUACCCCAGAAGACUCGCGAUGCCAUUGUCAAGGGUCUCGCCAAGAGGACGACACCCAUGAACAUAUUCCCCCUUCUGUUCGCGUCGCAUGCAGCCCUCGCUAGGUUGGGUACCAUCAUUGACAACUGGUCCGAUACCGUCAAGGACAUGGUCCUGACUGCACGCAAGACGAUCGACGAAGUGAUGUGCUCACAAGCGGAUCAGUGUUUUGAGCAACCUGAAUGGCUUGACAUCAUGGAGUCCGACGGGGUACGCUUUGAAGAUGGGGAGAGGGUAGAGUGGGCAAUGGAUUCCAUCCGAAGAGGGUUGAACGAGAAGAAUGCCGCGGCCCUCUAUCAGACGCUUGUCUCUGCUGUACUCCUACGCCCGCAUCCGACUGAGCCCGACCAAGCAAUGCUAUCGGCGACCUCGCACGUCCGUGUGUCUGUAGAGCAAGCCCGCGUAGACAUCCUCAGAUGGCUCCGAAGACGUUACCUGAAUGUCAAGCAAGAAGGUGGUUUCGACUGUCUCGAGCCUUGGGCUGCGAAGGAAAUCGCUUCCGAAUUAGAGCUUUCCGUUGACGACAUGUUCAGUCCCGUGUCACCAUCUGCCGCCCCUCGGGGGACAGGUAGAGUGGGGCCACGCGUCAGUGUUGCAAAGGCGGAAGAUGAAACUGGUAGCAUGCAUUCGCUGCGUACUGGGCUUCACAGUCAAUCGACGACGUCCAGAGCUACGGACGCUGUCAAGUCUUCUAACGCAUCUUCUCGCUCUGUCGCGAGGAGCACGCUUUCCAUGACUUCGAGGACAAGCACCGUCACAACUACGCGUCGUCUGGCGCUGUCGACGGGUCGACCGGAUUCAAAGCUUACACCAAGUCAUGUCACGAGCCCACCUUCUGUUCGUUCAGGCCUGACGUCGAAUGGGCCAGCGCCGUCGCUAUCAAGCCGCGCAAGUCUGUCUCCAGUGCCUGGACGGCGCAACGUAUCCAGUCAUUUGGCACCUGGUGAUCGUGCUUCCAAGGUGCGCUCGAGUGCCGCCUCGGUGAAGUCACAAGCGUCAACGAUCCGCAAAGUCUCUCCUGCUGGAUCAUCAGCGCUCAGGCCCUCGUCUGCUCUCUCAGGUCGGCCAUCUUCGACCAUGUCCAACAACACGAGCGAUGGGUCGACAGCGUUCGAAACAGCGAAAACUGACAUCACGCCAGUUACUGCGCGUAGCCGUCGUGGUUCUACUGCGUCGUCCGUGUCUAACCUGAGUGUUCGAACGACUGGCACCUCCCGGACAAAUGCAACCUCGACGCCGAGAUUACCACGGUCGCGCGCUCCGUCUACGGCGUCGAAACCCAGUACCCCUUUGAAGAAACGACCGCCGCCUUCCCCAGUGGACUCCAGGACGAGCCCCGCUGCGAGACGGACGGCGUCGUCUACCUCUGUGCGUUCGACUGCAUCCACGUCCCCGGCAGCACCUCGCCGGACCGUAUCGAGACAGCCAUCGGGGGCGUCUUCUGUUCGUUCAAUCGUCGCCAAGGACGGCUCUGGGACAGUCAAGGGUAAAGGCAGGCUGGGCGCAAACGCGACACACGAGAAGCAGGCCAGCGUCGUCUCCACGAGCAGUGCCGCUACCGUGAAAGAAUCCUUAAAACGGAAGAGUUCGUCGGACACGAUCAAGGAAGCAUCAACGCCGCAGCUACCACGCGGUGCCACGCUGGACAUUGGCAUUCCGUGCAUCAUCUCGUCAAAAAAGGCACGAUUCCGUGCCUUUGCACGUUAUAUCGGCGAAGUGGAGGGCGAGCUAGGACCGUGGGUUGGUGUGGAGGUUCCAAUGAACGAUACGUGGCCUGGCGAGAAGCUCGAGGGUCGUGCAUGGCAUGACGGCACAUGGGGCGGUAUCCGAUACUUCGACAUCGGUGCCUCGAAUGACUGGGACUACGAUGACGAUAGAGCAGCAAGACGUCGCAAAUUCGACUGGGCCAGCAGUGGCAAAGGAACGCUGAAACGGGAAGGAGAUCAACUGAGCAUUGACAGGGCAAAGAGGUUGCGGAGCGUAUCCCCCGUGGCAUCUGACGUCUCCAACUCGGAAUCAAGAGGAUUGUUUGUCAGGCCACAGCAGGUGCUGUACGUUGUCGACGCUGUCGGUUCGGAUCUCUGA